UGAAUACCAACUAGAGCACCAGGCGGACGUGUCCUACUCACAACAAACACAAGUACAAGGGUGCGAGACCUAGCUGGGAUAAAGAACACGACACUGACACUUCCGCAGCUGAAACUACUACUUGUGUCUUCGGGCGAAUUUCUCAAAGACAUUGACUGUAAGCUGAACGAGGACGUGCUACCCAAGUUGGGACUGAUGUGGAAACCUCUGGGCGUUAUCGUGCAGGCUGCCAUGGUUACGCCAUAAAAGAGUAGUAUUUACUGUAAUAUUUGUGAUUUCAACGUGAUUGAGAUCAUGGGUUCCAGACUCAGCCGACAAAACAGUCUCGACAACGAGAAUUUUCCAAGGAGGCGACGGAAACAUCUCGACAGUACGGGAGAGAGCGAUCGGAGCGGAGACUUCUUGUUUACAUCCCUGAUGCUCAGGUCGGAUAAGCUGCCGGGGAUGCUGAGGAGAGCCAACCACAGCCCGUAUAUCAGACGAGUCGCCUGGGUCCGAGAGAUUCAGAAGCUCCUCCGGGAGCGGAAGAGAGAAGAGGCGACGGACGUGCUCAAACUGUUGAGGAAGGACCUGGGAUUAGAGGGUAUGUCACUCAAUGAUAUCCUCUAUAAGAACGCAUCCUUUCUAAACCUGGUGGACCCCAUAUCUCAUGAGCUCCUGCUGAGCCUGGCUAAAGACAUGCAGUGCCCAAAGAAGGACUCAGAUACGCAGAAGUCAUCUGAUAAAAUCUGCAGACAGCUCAUCUACCACCUGACCCCACACUCCAAGUGGCUUAGAAAAAGUAUGACCCGGAGAAAGGCCCAGGCCUGUCUUAAAACAACACUUCAGAAGAAGCUCUGCAGUGACUCUGUGGACCUCUCUGGCAUCCCUUUAUCAACUCGCGACAUACGCCACGUGGCGUAUUACCUCCAGACCAGUGGGGGUGCUGUGAUAUCCGUAGAUCUUAGUUUCACUGAGCUCCGGGACGAGGGCCUACGUCUACUUCUGCCCUUCCUGGGUGCAUUGCCCAAACUCACAACACUGGCUCUCAAUGGGAACCGUCUGACUCUUGGCAUCCUUAAAGAUCUGACUGAAGCCCUCAAAGAUUCCAAGUUCAGUUGUCUUGCCUGGAUUGACCUGGGCAACAACGUAGACAUAUUUACCAUGCCACAGCCUCUUCUGGUGGCUCUACGGCGUCGCUGUAGUCUAAAGAGCAGUCUGCCCACCAUCUAUGAGUACACAGAGGGUCAGCCCUAUUGCUACCGCAUGGAGAGCUCCAUUGAAGAGCCCAGCCACUAUGAAGAAGAGGAGGAGGAAGAUGAGGAGGAGGAAGAGGAACUGGAGCCAUGGAGCAUCGGGGAACAGAAAAGUUCAGGUAGUUUUACCCUGCGCCAUUGCGAGAGGUGAACCGAUCACGAUCAUUGUCCCCUGACGAUGGGAUAAAGAAAGAAUGGGAGAGUGCAGGCAAGAGAUCUCUCUUCUCUCAGUACCAUUUCUCCCAAUCAAUACCUUUUACCAUCUCCCUCCUCCACUGCAGCCCCAUGACCUUCCCAUUGCGGUUAUGUGUGAACCAACAGCAGCACAUUUAAAGAGCCAACUAACCACCUGAACACAGCAAACGGUGAAACACGCUGGUUUGAAAAGCUUCACCAUUGACUUACUGUGUUGGCAGAUGAUGAUCCUUGACUCGAGGUAGGGGUUCAUUGGAGGGGCCCACAGAAAGUUGCGUAAAAGAUGCUUUCUUACGCCACUCUUUGGUCACGAAGAACGAGUGACAGACAAGAAAAUUACCAGUAAAAAAUCCCAGAGUUUGACAGAGUCAGUUGCCUGGAUGAUGCAUACCAACGGUGGAUUUGAAGCUCUACAGACCUGGCUUUUAACUAAGGUAUGGUUGGGAAUUUUGUAGGGUCUGGUCAGGUUUGGUCGUAUUUGUCAAUGUUGCAUUGCUGAGGCCGUGUCUGCCGCAGCAGACCGGACCUAUCACCACUCUGUGUGUGCUCUACUAAUCUCCCAACAAAAGCAAUGAAACCAGCUCAACAGACUAUACAGCCGACCCACGUCACGUGACGCAAGCAAAACUGCUAUGUCAAGACUUUUGCAUUCCCCCCCCACCCCCUUUGCAAAAUUUUAACUUGCGAAUACCCACGCACUGCUUGUCGUGUAGUUGUGAAUGAUGAUUAAAAAAACGUAACACUGUUGAUUUGCCAGCGUCUGGUUUUUGUUGUCUGCUAAUGAUGAACAAAGCUAUCUUAGAAGACAACAGGUACAAAACGUUGUUGUAUAUGAAAGUUUACUGAAUGGAUUGUUCACCUUUUUAUGUUCAGGUCAUCUUAAAUAUACCUCUUAAAUAUGUCUUUCUGUGUCAAUGCACUGCUGCUCCUUUUGGAAUCAUUCAAUGCAAUAUGGUGGUUCAUUAUGCUAUAUUUCUGUAUGGUGCAUUUUAAUAUCUCAAGCACAUUGAUUAAUCAUGUCUGGUCAACUUUACUUAAAGCUUCUUAAACGUUCUUAACAUCAUGCUCAAAAUAACCUUGCCUGUAACACAGAGUUGCAGCAACACCCCAUCUAUUUUUAAAUGUAAUUUUGGCAGGCAAUUCAUUAAUGAUAAAAUAAAUGGACGUCGAGAUAAAGAGCUAAUGAUUGUUCCAUGGCCUUCGAUUACCUGAGCACUUUAGUCUGUGUUUUCAUCAGGUUUGUGACUGAAAGGCUUGUUGUAGCGAUGUUAUCUUGUAACAUGAACAUCUUUGUCAUUCUGAAACAAAAAUGAGCCAAACAAAUAGUUACUGUACUAACCAGCACUUGUGGUUUGGGGGUAAAGCUCAGAUGAUCAAAUAGUUAAAUGUCAGUGUUAUUUAUGAUGUAUGUAUUCUGUUGUGUGUAUUUGUUUAAUGUUAUCUUAAUGUUUUCCCAGUGUUGCUGUUGGCUUCAGACUAUUAUAUUCUAUGUAAUAUUCCACAACAUGUGCUAAUAAGUGUCCAUUUUUAAAAGGCCUAACAAAUUCAAAUGAUGAAUUGACCUCUUGUUUCCAAAACUGAAUAUUAAAUUAAUUUGGACUAUUUAGUACCUGUUAAUUUAUAAAAACAUCAGUCUUUGCAUUUGUUGUUUGGCUCUGUAUCUAGAUCAUAACAAUUAUCUGGCUUGUGAUCUGCUUAUCUGGGAUAUUUAAUCUGCAUAAAUCUGUUACACCAUGAUGGUGUCAAUACCCACAAUGCUAAGCAAGCUGAUACACUCAAUGUCAGAUUAUUGAUAGAGAGCAGUUUAUUUGUCAUGUUGUUUAUGUGUCAGUCUGAAUUGGCUUUGUCUGUCCGUGUCAUAUACUGUGUCCUCUGAAUCUGUGCUUCAAACAGUUUAUAAGAUUGACUGUUCAACGCUUCUGGAAUAAACUUUUAUUAAUAAAACCACGAGUAUAGCAAAA